CUCCGGCUUUGUGUUGACGUCGUCGUUGCGUUGUGGUGCGAGGCCCCCGUUGCUUGUCCUAGCAGAGUGAACCCACGUUUAACGUAUCCUAUUUUUGUUGACUUGCGCGAGCUUCUGCGCGACUGUUGUUCGUGUUUUACUUCUGCACAUUUCGUUAUGGCUGGGUCAGCAUCAACACUUUGGAUGGGGGACUUGGAGCCUACCAUGGACGAGUACUUUGUGCAGCAGGCAUUCAGUAUGAUGGGCGAGAAUCCAGUUCAUGUGAAAAUCAUCCGAGACCGGCUCACAGGGUUGCCUCGAGGCUAUGGAUUUCUGGACUUUGGUGACGAAGAAGCCGCAGAGAGAGCGUUGCUGCGCUGCAAUGGGAAACCCAUUCCUAAUGCAAUGCAGCCGAAGAUGUUCCGGCUAAACCAUGCAAACAACAGCACAGGAGGCGGCGGUGGCGGUGGAGGCGGUGGCUACCAGCAAGGCUACUCUAAUGGUGGUGGUGGUGGCCGCCCUCAAUAUGGAUCCUCGUCAAACGAGUUGUCCAUGUUCGUGGGCGACCUCUCGGCAGAUGUGGACGACACCUUGCUCUACCAGGCGUUCUCGCAGCGUUACCCGUCAGUCAGAGCUGCCAAAGUUGUGUUGGAUCCAACUGGCUUGAGCAAGGGCUUUGGCUUUGUCCGUUUCUCGGAUGGGACUGAAUACCAGGAGGCACUGGUUGACAUGCAACACUCCCUCUUGGUGGGUUCCAAGCCCAUCCGUGUUGGUGUUGCCAAUCCUCGCAGAGCUGCAGCUGGUCCAGGUGGACAACGUGUUUUCUACCGUAACCAAUCAUCAGACUACUACUAGGCGGGACCUGUUCCACCAACUUUCUUGAGGUGGCAGACCUGCCGUGCGAAAGUGUCGGCUUUAUUGCGUGCAUCUGGAUGUCUGUAACUUGCAGCGCGCUUUUAACAAGUGUUCUUGGGGUCGGCCUGUCACAUUUUAGCUGUACAUAUGUGCACUUAAAAAUGACUCAAACUUCAGGAGCAUGGAAAGGUUAGAAUAAGUGUAAGCCUCGAUUUCAUUCUCAGCAUGGUUCGGCAUUUGGCAGGGAUUCUGAAGACAAUUACAGUUGCUUGUUUAUAAGGAAAUUGUGUAUGUUAAGUGCAGAGAGGUUUUUAAAGGUGUUGUUCUGUAUUUACUGGUAUGCGUCUUGUAUUUCAGCGAUGAAUUUGUGCUCUUUCAAGCAUUCUUCUUUUAAACAAUAUAGUAGAGAUGUUUGUAUUUAAAUAUUAGAAAAAACAAUUGUUUUGAUAUUGAGUUACUUUGAAAUGACAUUGCAGUUUGUCAUGAAUUUACUUUUUUCAUUGAUACAAUUAUUUGAUGUCUGAAUGUUUCGCAUGCAGUUUUAGUACUGUACCCAACAUGCUGCCUUGUAUGAGGACCAUAUUUAGAAGGCUUGUAUGUAAUAAAAAUCUGCUACUCAAGUUGUA